AUGGAGUGGAAUAACGAAAAGAUGUUGGACCUCAUUGAGCGUUACGAAAAAAAACCGAUACUGUGGUCCCCAAAGCACCCCAAGUAUUAUAAUAAAUUUGCAAAAUCCGAUGAGUGGGAAGAGUUGGCCACAGAAAUGGGAACGACAUCGGAUGAAUGCAAAAAAAAAAUGACCAGCCUUAAUGCAUCAUUUCGGCGAGAAAAGGUGAGGAUGAAAAAAAGUCAGAGAACUGGCUCAGAGUACGGUGUAAAUCCUGUUCAGUGA